UGGGACUUCACACAAGAAAUGUUGCUGAAUGAAUCAGAGGGUAGAGAGUGAAAAAGGGGCAGCCUAAUGUAAAUGUUGAACCACUUCAUUUCUCGGCGGCUCGAUGGAUGACAUCGAAGCCAGAAGCACCCUUUUAGUGGAAAAAUAAUCGUGCUCGAGGCUUUGUAUCCUCGGUUUUGUCCCUGGUUGUUGGUACACCUAUGAUGGAACGGGCGAUGGAGCAAUUAAACGUACAGCUGAACAGGCUGACCCGCUCCCUGCGUCGCGCCAGGACCGUCGAGCUACCGGAAGGUAUAGCCUAUCGACCAAAGGACACAAAUAAUCGACAGGGCAUAGUAUGAGGCUUUAGCUAUAUCUAUAGCAUACUGUAUAUUCAUGCUAAUAAAUAUAGUCAUUAAAUGUUUGAAUUACAGUAUCAUCUGACAGUUUGUCAAUAACAAGGCGGAAGCCAGCAACCCUUGAGGGCAUUAGACAUUUCCCUGUCUACAGACUGGAUGCUGGAUAGGCUAUUAUUCUAACCAUAUAAUAGUAAUAAAAUGAUACGAAUCUAGUGAGACCAACUGAUACAUACAUUGUUUCAUGAUACAAAAACGAAGGAGUGACUGAAAGAUGUCAUGGUCAUAUAAGUCUAGUGGUGACAUAAAGGAAUGGGUUGCAUAGGCUGCAGAUACAUACAGACCUGUUAGUAAAUAGACUAUUCAGACUGUCUGAGUUCAGUAGGAAGCAUAGCUGUUAUGGGAGAUGAUCCCCUUCUCCUUCGUUGAUUACUGUAUUCUGUUACCUUUCUUCUAUUGAUCCAGAAGUGCAUGUUAGGGCAUGUCUGUUGUGUAACUAACAACACCAUUAUAUUACCACUGUACUCGUGUCCAUGUCUGACAACAGCAACAACAUUACCUUUGAGUUGAACUCAAGAUCUAAUGGAGUAGGAAACAGAAAUGUGUUUUGUCUUGUACGGGAAGUGCAUUCUUGAGUGUGAGGCGCUACAUUGUACAAUCCUUUUUGAUAUCCUGAUAGUGUCUGGUUUGAAUGAAGUACAGUCACUGAUAGUGGAUGUAGUUAUGACGGUCCUAAGUAUACACAGAGAGCUCUGUCUUAGGAGGUUAGAACUAAGAAUACUGGACUCACUGUUUGAUUACACAAAAAUGUAAUUGUUCAGUGACUAAAUGACAUGAUUUUAGCAGAGGAAGAUCUUUGUUCUUUAAUUUCACAAUUAUCAAUGACACUAUUAUGACACAAUUAUUGCUCCCCUCACAGACAAUGAAACCGCAGUCUACACACUCAUGCCAAUGGUUAUGGCUGACCAGCACAGGUAUGACCAUGUGUGUGUGUGUGUGUGUGUGUGUGUGUGUGUGUGUGUGUGUGUGUGUGUGUGUGUGAGAUAGAGAGACAGAGAGACAGUCGAAGUUGUCAACAUUGGUUCCCUGUAUAUUAAUUAUCUCACAUGUCUGUAUUGUCCCUGAAGGUCAGUUUCUGAAUUACUCCUCAACUCCAAGUUUGAUGUGAACUACGCUUUCGGACGAGUCAAGAGAAGUCUACUUCACAUUGCUGCCAAGUAAGGAAUGUUUACAUUGUAUCACUGAUUGUUCUAAUUGUUCCAUUGUUUUGUUGGAAACCAACCUCUCCAGCGUCUAUUUUUAUCACAGUGGUGUGUCUGAUGAAACUCUGUAUCUGCUGUGAUGUGUGUGUCUGUGUGGGUGAGUACUCUACAUCUAUUUGUGUAUUGUGGUGCUUGUUAACGUGUUGGUUAUUGUGUUGUAGCUGUGGAUCAGUGGAGUGCCUGGUCCUACUGCUAAAGAGAGGAGCGAACCCUAACUACCAGGACAUCUCAGGGUGCACUCCUCUGCAUCUGGCUGCCAGAAACGGGUACCAUACUGUACAUAGAUAUUACUGCACACUCACUAUAUACUCUGCUGCCCCCUUUGGUAGGGAGGCAGAAUACACCUUUACUUGGAGAUCACAGAUCCCUGCCAGCCCAGUGAACAUGGUUUGGUGAUGUUGAUGAUAGUGAUGAUGAUGUUUAGAGUUGUAUAUAUGAUACCCCUCAUCUUUCCUCUCUAUAGGCAGAAAAAGUGUAUGGGCAGACUACUAGAAUACAAUGCAGACGUGAACAUCUGCAACAAUGAGGGACUGACAGCUGUGAGUAUCGCUAUGAAGUCAUGUGUAUAGACAGACCAGUACUGCUGUUAAAUUCUUGUCAUAACUCAGGGAUGUAGUGCUAAUAAAAAUGGUGAACGCAGGUCAAGACUGCGUACAGUAAAUGCCAUUCACACAAUAAAAAGUUGUGUAUACAGGGUGUACUUGUGUUUAUGCUUUAUUACAUUCCUCCUCUUCCUCAUCCUCUUCCUCCCCUCCUCCUUAUUUUCCUUCCUUCCUUCCCUCCCCUCCUCUUCCUCUCCUCCUCCUCCUCCUUUAGAUCCACUGGUUGGCUGUGAACGGGAGGACUGAGCUGCUUCAUGACCUGGUGCAGCAUGUGACUAAUGUGGAUGUAGAGGAUGCCAUGGGACAGACCGCCCUCCAUGUAGCCUGCCAGAACGGACACAAGACUGUGAGUAGAUAACACCCAUAUAUCAACCAAGACCUGUAUGGAAAUACCAACAUUUCCAUAAAAUGUCCAAUAUUCAGUAUACAGUGUUCAUCAUAGACACAAGACGGUGAGUGUACAGAACAGGUGUCAUUUUUGAUAUCUCAGUGGUUGUAAAUGGAUUGUGUUGAUAUGGAACCUUUACCAGUGUUGUUAUAUAUUCAAGUUUCAAAGUGUAUUAAUGAUAACUUCAUGAUAAGUUCCAUCAUGAAUAACAUGAUGAAUACCAGACAGUAGUGUGGAUGAUGAGUGUGUCUCCUCUCUUUCCUCUUCCUCAUUGGCCUGUGUGUGGUCGAUGACGUCAUCAGACGGUGCAGUGCCUGCUGGACAGUGGAGCGGACAUCAACAGACCUAACUGCUCUGGGGCCACACCACUCUACUUCGCCUGCAGGUCACUACAUACACUAGUACAAUAACGAUGAUGCAAUACUUCCUCUCAUCCUUCUUCCUAUUGUCCACUUAGAAUUGUAGAUGGAAUAUAAACUAUUCUUUGUAAUACAUUGGCUCGGCAACUGAAAUGCAAACGUGUUGUUUUGAUUCAGUGCGGCUGUAAAUAUAUAUUCUACGGCAUUGUACAAGGCUAUUAGUUGGAGGAGGAGGAAGCUGGGGGGUGGAAUAUGAAGAGACCAAAGAACAGUGAUCACAGCCAGACAGCUGUUCAGAGAUAUGUCCCAAACUUCAGUAGCACACUCCUAUCCCUGUCAGUCCUCUGAUGGUCUCUAUGCAGCCUGUCUCAUUCAGAUGAUAAGAAUAGCACGAGAAAACUCAUCCCUCAACUUCAGAGGGAGAAUAAUGAGGUUCCUAUUAAUUCAGAACAUGACAGUGACACCCCAGCCUUCCUUUGAGUGUAUUAAGCUCUGCACGCGCUCACACACACAGACACACACACAGACACACACACAGACACACACAGACACACACACAGAGGAGGAGCAGGGCUGGAGGCUGGAGUGACAGUAUCCUUCUCUGAUCUUUUGUUUUGAUUAUGUUUCACUUGUACAUUAGUCAGGUACCAUUAAGGAGGCUCUAUUUGAAAAGCACUGUGACUAGAACAAUUAGUCUGUAAUGAACUGUGGAUAAAUGAAGUGUUGUUUUACUGUCAACUGACUGCAUCACAGAGUAUAUCAGUCUGAAUGAAGUGGCUGGUCCACCAGCCAAUGUGCCUGUCUGGUGAAUGAAAUAAUACACUGGACAUCUUGAUUUUGUACAAGCCCUUCUCAGAUCUCCAACCCUGACUCCAGCCUUCUAUUGACCACCUUCUCUUAACGUUAACCCUUAUCUUCUGAAUUGUCAUUAUAUAUUGUUAUAUAGAGUUUAAACCUUAACCAACACUAACUUUAUAUUUUGUUAGAAAUCUGUGUGUGUGAGCCUUAGUCAUAGUGGAUAGAGUGUUAAAGUUAAGUCUAUUACCAUUUGUAGGUACGAUGAUAUACAUUGACAUUUCUUUACGACAAGACACAAUCUCAGAAGUAAAAAGGAGUAGAGAGCAAUGUUAAAAACAUACAAGAAUACAUUCAAUACAUUAAAGCCCUACUUAUGUCCCACAGCCACGGUCAAAGGGACACGGCACAGAUCCUUCUCUCUCGAGGGGCUAAGUACCUACCUGACAAGAAUGGAGUCACCCCUCUGGAUCUGUGUGUACAGGUGAGCAUUACCAUGACAACAAAUGGCUAAUAUAACAAACAAGCACCCAGAAAACAGCAUUUGUCUGUCUCUUCCCCCUUUCUGAUCCCACUGUGUUGGUGUGUGUGUGUGUGUGUGUGUGUGUGUGUGUGUGUGUGUGUGUGUGUUGUUCAGGGUGGUUAUGGGGAGACGUGUGAGAUCCUCAUCCAGCACCACGGCAGACUGUUCCAGACACUCAUCCAGAUGACGCAGAAUGAUGACAUCAAAGAGAAUAUGGUACAUAUUCUACUGUCUAUCUGUCUCACUCUGUUAUUAGAGCAAUGACUAGGUUCAUGUCCACACACCUCUUUUUCUUUUAGAAAGUGCUUGUAGGCAUAUUUUAACUGUGUCUGUGUCUGUGUGUAGCUCAGGCAGGUUCUAGAGCAUGUUUCCCAGCAGAGUGACAGUCACUACCAGAGGAUCCUGACCAGUCUAGCAGAGGUAGCCACUACUAAUGGACACAAACUCCUCAGGUAAACCCUCUGCUAGACUCCCAGCCAGACCUGAGGCAAAUGCAUAUGGAAGUGCACUUUAUUUAGUUUCUUACUAAUUUCUCUGGAAAGAAGGAUGUUUAUUCAGUCAUUACAAUGCAAUAAGCAUGUAACAGCAACUCCACUACCUAAACGCUAGUCAUUUAGGUCGAGGUUAAUUCUAUUCCUUACUCACUGUCAGUCUCCUCUCCAGUCUGUCCAGUAGCUACGAGGCUCAGAUGAAGAGUCUGCUGAGAAUCAUCCGGAUCUUCUGCCAUGUCUUCCGCCUGGGCCCUUCCUCUCCCAACAACGGGAAUGACAUGGGAUACAACGGGAACAAGACGCAGCGCAGCCAGGUCUUUAAGGUCAGUAUGGGGUUAGUACUGAACCUGACUUCAGAUACACACAGAGAUGUAGUACAUUGUGUGAAUCAGAAGAGGGCGUUGAGAGAUUGUUCACCAUCUCCUGAUCACCUGAUCCAUGACUUGUCCUGGUGCAUGACUUUGAGUGUGUUUGUGUGUGUUUUUGUGUGUCAGCAUCUACCCCUCUCUUUCUUUCUCUUCCUCGCUCUCUUUCUCUUUCUCUCCCUAUUUCCCUCUCUCUCUCUUUCUACGUCUGUCUGUCUGUCUCUCUCUCUCGCUCUCUCCAUCCCUCUUUCUCUCCCCUCUCUCUCUCCUCUCUCUCCUUCACUCACUCAGUCUCUUUCCUUGCAUCCCCGUUUCCUCUCUCUCUCUUAUUUCCUUCAGCCGUUGGAGUUGCUCUGGCACUCUCUAGAUGAGUGGUUGGUGUUGAUCUCUACAGAGCUGGAGAAGAGCCACCAGGACCCCUCCAACUCUUCCUCCUCAGGGAGCGAGAUCGCCUCCCUCCUCCUCAAACAACGCGGCGAGGUUGACUCCGCUUCCACCUCCACCCCCGCCGUCUUCACGGUGGCACCCUCGCUGCCCCCCUCCAUGCCCCUACCCCCUUUGCUGGACCCAGAGGUUGACAAGAGGACCCCGGAGGUUGUUAUGGAAACGCCGGAGGUAUACGCAGACGGAGAGGAUGUCAUCUCUAUGACGGCCAAUCGGCUCAGCGCGGUGAUCCAGGCCUUCUACAUGUGCUGUUCCUGUCAGAUGCCACAGGGGUGAGAAUGACUUCUGACCUCUGACCUCUAACCCAGGGAUGGGCAACUCAGGUUCUUGGGAGGCCUGAGUGUCUGCUGGUUUUCCUUUUGGCCCGGCUCUUGAUUGCACUCAAGUGCACACACCUGAUUUUAAAGAUCUAUAUCGGCCACUAAACGACAGAGUCAGUGUUCCUCUCAUAAUGUCCUAGUUUCACAGAGAUACUUUACGUAACUCUUCCUCCUUCAGAUCCCCUCUGUGUGAGUAGGCCUGGGAAAUAAUGGAUCUUUAAUAUCUCUCUCCAUACACACACACACACACACACACACACACACACACACACACACCCUUUCCUCGCCCCUGGCUAGAUAAUUACAUUUUAAUUAGAUCAUUAAACUCAUCCUAAUUGAACGCUGAAUAGGAGCCACUGUUAUUGGCCCUAUGCUGCUGUAGGAGAAGAAGAUGGCUGUGUUUGUCUUUGUGUUUCUCCUUCCCAGGCCUGCUCUUCAUUAGCUGAUAGCCUGGCUGUUCCCCUGUCAGGGAAACACUGUUUCAAUAAUGCAGGUUAUUGUUUUUUGGAGAGGGAUCAGAUCCACUCAUUAUAAUAGACAGAUACUGCACCACUUAUCUCUGUGUUGUGGUCUUCUGAAACACAGCUCCUGGUUAUGUAGUGAGUGUGUUCAUUAUUUUAUUAUCUUGCUCCCACUGUGUUUCCUUGUCUUUCCUCAUCCAGAAUGACGUCCCCUCGCUUCAUAGAGUUUGUCUGCAAGCAUGACGAGGUGCUCAAAUGUUUCGUAACCAGGUGAAUCCUUUGACAGGAUCUUAAACUUAUGUUUCUUACCAGACACUUCUUAUCAAUCUCUCUAACUUAACCUGUCAUUUUUUUCUCUCUCUCUCUCUCUCUCUCUCUCUCUCUCUCUCUCUCUCUCUCUCUCUCUCUCUCUCUCUCUCUCUCUCCAUUUCUCUUUUUCCUUCCUUCCCUCUAUCUCUCUCUCGCUCUCAGGAAUCCAAAGAUCAUCUUUAACCAUUUCCACUUCCUGUUGGAAUGUCCGGAGCUCAUGUCCCGCUUCAUGCACAUAAUCAAAGGCCAGGUGAGACCUGUGAUUGGCUGGUCUAUCAGUCAACUUCCUGGUUGUGUAUCUGCUGUAGGCAGGACAUACAAGGGCCAAGACAACGAUCCCAUGGCCUCAUAUUUGCAAGCUAUGACAGCAGCUUUCUCUCCCCCGCCCUUUCUCUAUGUCCCUCUCUCUCUCUGCCCCUCUCUCUCUCUGCCCCUCUCUCUCUCUGCCCUCUCUCUCUGCCCCUCUCUCUCUCCCUCUCUCUUUAUGUCCCUCUGUAGUUCUCCCUCUGGGGACUCUGUGGCGAGUGACUUUGAAACGCCUGUGUCUCCCAGGCAGGAUCAUUUAACAACAUUAUUGCCAUGGCGAUAACACUUGUCUUAAGUUCCUUUAUAUAGCUUCAUAAAUUUUAAGUGCCUCCUCGAAGUUGUGUUUAGUGUUCCACUCUCACUCAUAUUUGAGCCGAGGACGGCGUGGCAAGCCUCGUUACCUCUAUAGAUUAUAUCCCACCUGGGAAUAAGAGUCCCUCGUUUUAAUUACAGAUUUUAACCUGUAGAAGACUAUUUCAUCUCCACAUCUCCCUCUCAGUACGCACAGGAGCCCCAGGGGAAAAUCUCUCUCUGUCUCUCUUUUCUAUCUCUCUCUCGCACUCUCUCUUGCUCUGUCUCUGUCUCUGUCACUUUCUCUCUCCCCAGCUCAUCUCUCAUCGCUUAGAGAGAACAAAGACAUUCAAAUAUUAUACAAAUAUAAACGCCACUCUUCCCUCUCUGCGUUUUUCAGACACUGUAUUUCAACACUUGAGGCUUUGGAGCCAUAUGUUUAGACACCGUCUCAGAGUUGAAAGUGUAGAGAGAGAUAAUGCAUUUUUGGGAAGUCCUGUGGCUGGUAUUUAGUUAGGAUAAUUGUAAGACAUUAUAAGGGGGUUAUACAUGCUUAUGAAGUCUUGUAAUACAUUAUAACUGCAUCAUAAUGCACUAUACCUGCAGGCUGUAAGUAAAGUGUUAUUGUUUCUUCCCCUCGCAGCCCUUCAAGGAGCGGUGUGAGUGGUUCUAUGAGCACCUAUUGGCAGGACAGCCAGACUCAGACAUGGUCCAUCGACCUGUCAACGAGAACGACAUCCUGCUAAUCCACAGAGGUACCCAGCCCACACUGACCCAUCCUUCAUACAGUAUAACCCAUCGUUCCUGUAUAGCUAACCCCACUGACCAUCCUUCAUCCCCAAAUGUCUUACACUCCACCCAGUAAUGUAUCAGUGUAUCUCUCUUUCUCAAUAUGUUUCUUUCUCUUUUCUCUCAGAGUCCAUAUUCAGCAGUAGCUGUGCGAUGGUCUCCAAAUCGACCAAUGAGAAGCUCAAACAGGGCAUCGCCGUACGAUUCCAUGGAGAGGAAGGAAUGGUGGGUAUUAUCAAUGUCUGUCUGACCUGGGUUUAAAUAGUAUUGAUUUUCUUUCAAAUACUUUAGUUUAGCAACUCUUGAUUGAACUUGCCUAGCGCAAUGGAAACAAUGGAAUAGUUCCCAAAAUGCAAAGGGAAUAGGGCACCAUCUCAAAUUGACCCAUGCUUAGUCCUAGCAACACUGCAUUAUUUGUGCAGUAUACAGGAAACCGGGUCCCAUUUCAGCCCGUGCUCAGUGUUAGCAGUGGACCUUUAGUUGACCUGUGACCUUUGUGUUCCAGGGCCAGGGCGUGGUGAGGGAGUGGUUUGACGUCCUGUCCAAUGAGAUCAUCAAUGCAGACUACGGCCUCUUCACCCAGUCAGCGGACGGUGAGACACCUUGCGAUUGGCUGAUGUUUGUUUGAUGUGUAAACAGUGUUUUUCUACUGUAAUUGAGGGUGUAUUUUCCUCCCUCACGGUUUAAAAAAAAUGUUGUUACCUUGCAUCAUGAUCCAAAUACUUUGUUCGUUAAUGAUAUUUUUGUAUGCCUAGCCUAGCUGUAUAUUGUGACUGGGAUGUUUGCCCCUCUCUUCCCCUCUCUUGCGUCAGAAUCCAAAUACUUAUUCAGGAUAGGUAGGUAAGAAGAUUUAUUAUUAUUAUAAGAUCAAAACUUGACUGGUAUUUGUUUGUUUGUCACCGUGUGUGUGUCUGCCUGUGUGGCGUGUGUGUGCACAUCGGUGUGUGUAUCUGUGUGUGUGUGUGUGUGUAUGUGUGUCUCACAGGCACCACUUUCCAGCCCAACAGUAACUCGUCAGUGAACCCUGAUCAUCUGAACUACUUCCGGUUUGCGGGUCAGAUCCUGGGCUUGGCUCUUUACCACCGUCAGCUGGUCAACAUCUACUUCACCCGCUCCUUUUACAAACACAUACUGGGUAACACACACACACACACACACACACACAUACACACACACACACACACAUUCUAUAGUGGGUUGUUAACAUGAUAUAAUGUGUGUCCAGGCAUCCCAGUGAGCUACCAGGACGUGUCGUCCAUCGAUCCAGAGUAUGCCAAGAAUCUGCAGUGGAUCCUGGACAACGACAUCAGUGACCUGGGACUGGAGCUCACCUUCUCCGUGGAAACAGAUGUGUUCGGCGCCAUGGAGGAGGUGCCACUCAAACCUGGAGGGACUAGCAUCAUCGUCACCCAGGACAACAAGGUGAGCCAGCCUAUCACAGAAGGAGGAUCUGAAAUGUUUUUUGUUGUUGCUCUCAACAUCAACUAGGUGAGAAUAGCAGAUGAUUGACAGGUCAAGCAGAAGGAAGUUGCGAUAUGAUUUAGACUGCUCCCCCUGUAUUCUCUAACACUUAUGACCUUAUAUGAUUCAUGUGUAUAUGAUGUGCGUGCUUGCGCGCGUGCUUGCCUAUGUUUGACAAAGUUAUUUUGGAAUUUGAGAGUGUAGUACCACAGCUGGCCUGCAGGUGGUAAUGUUCUGUAAGGAAGACGCCUGUGAAACGAGAUGGUGUUAGAGGGCUGCCCAAAGAUCAACCAUACUCUACGUAGUGAAUGUUCCCUAUAUAAACCUCUCUCUCUCUUUCUCAGGCGGAGUAUGUCCAGUUGGUAACAGAGUUGAGGAUGACUCGAGCCAUCCAACCCCAAAUAAAUGCCUUCCUGCACGGGUUCCACACCUUCAUUCCCCCCUCCCUCAUCCAGCUCUUUGACGAAUAUGAAUUGGUUAGUGUCCUCGCUUUUCCUCUCUUCUCCUUUUGCCUGUGUUCAACUCCCUUCUCCUCACCUCUCCGUACCUCUUUCUCUGCUCUCACCUCCUCUUGCCCAUUCUCUUUUAUUCUCCUCCUUUGCUCUCUGCUCUCGCCUGCUCGCCUAGUGGGGUCUGAUGUCUGAUGCAGGGAUUGAUUGGCCUUGUCUGGCUCAGGGGUGUCAACAUGUUGGGGUCACCUUGAGGCCCCUCGCCCGGCUCAGAUCAGAUUUGUUUCUGUGUGUGUCGGCAAAAUCCAUGUCCUCACUAGUCCCGAUAGGGUGCCAUGGCGAUUAUCUGGCCCGCCGUGUGUUAUUGGACAUGUGUGUGCAGGUACAAGCCUCAGUCACACGGUCACAUCAACGCCUGCUGACAACACUCAGACUCAGUGGGGAGGAGAGUUUAGCUCUGAACCACCCGUGUUCAGUUGCGUUAGAAAAACACCCUUGUGUCUUUGUCAACAUGAUUUUGAACAGAAGAAGCACUAAGUUAUGUUUUAUAAGUCUGUUGUAUAUGAUACAUGUGUCCUGACUGCUACUCCAUUUAUCUCCCUCUCUGUUUCUGUGUGGGUGUCUGUGUGGGUAUAGGAGCUGUUGCUGUCUGGGAUGCCAGAGAUCGAUGUGCAGGACUGGCACAGGAACACAGAAUACACCAGUGGCUAUGACCUGGAGGAACCUGUCAUCCAGGUGAGUUAGCGCUGACCGGGGAGGACUCUUUUUAAUGUAACACCACCUCAUCAGAGAGGAGGACCCUUUUUACUGGAGCACCUCCAAAUUAGAGAGAUAUACCACAGGCUUGGCUGAUCCUACAGAGAUCUUAACCCCUCCUCCCAGGCUGGCUUAGUGGUUUAAAGUUGAUUCUCUUGUCAGAUUCUCUUAUCUCACAGUGGUUUUCAUUUGGUUUAAUGUGGAUUCUCUUGUCUUGUAGUGGUUCUGGAAGGUGGUAGAAAGCCUUACCCAAGAGGAGAGGGUCCUACUGUUGCAGUUUGUCACUGGCAGGUGAAUUUCUAAUAGUCAGUGUGCGUGUGUGUGGCAUGUGAGUUUCUUCCAGUCAUUCCCUCAAGGCCAUUGUAAGAUCUGAUCAGUGAUCAGUCACUUACUCUCACUCCUGACCUGUCUAAUUCCUCUCUCAUGUCCCUGUCAGCUCUAGGGUACCUCAUGGUGGCUUUGCCUUUCUGAUUGGAGGUAGUGGCUUACAGAAGUUCACUAUUGCCUCUGUACCAUACACAUCAAACCUACUGCCUACCUCCAGCACCUGGUAAGGACCGCACACACACACACACACACACAUACGCACGCACGCACGCGUUGUCACUCACGCAUGAGAGAGAGAUGCAUGCUGACAGAAAAAGCACUAGAGGGCAGUAUGGUGCCUCUGUCUCCUCUGCCUCUGGAGUCGUGUGUGUGUGUGUGUGUGUGUGUGUUGCUUUAGUCCACUGGUAUAGAAGAGAGGGAAAAACAGGGAGGGGUUUCUGCAUGUUGGAUAGAAAGGACAGGUACUGCAGUUCUCAUCGCUGUAGGUCUUUGCUUUGGGAGGUAGAAAUCACCACUGUAGUGUAUACAGCAGCUGGAUAUGAAAUGAGACAUAAUGACAUGCCAUCAAUCUGCAGUGAACUACAGGAAACUACAUUGACCAUGAUCCUCCUCACCUGCUCCUCCCACAGCAUCAACAUGAUGAAACUCCCAGAAUACCCCAGCCAGGAGGUCCUGCGGGACAGGCUGCUGGUCGCACUGCAUUGUGGGAGCUAUGGGUACACCAUGGCAUGACGCUGGCGGCAGCUGCAUCUCAGCGGGACUCCUCUGGCCCAUGCCCAUGAGAGUGUGUGUGCGUGUGUGUGUGUGU